AUGCUGAUCGGGUGCCACUCGGCCGAGCGCCUUACGCUGCGCGCUCUUCGGCGGCUCGACACCGUUCGCGCUCUCGAGUCGCUCCCGCGCGACGGGACGACCGCACUACUGCCUAACGAACUUGCUUUCCUGGGAGACGAUGUUAAAGGAUGGCCGCGCCGGCGUGUCCGCGGCCCGCGCGCUGCCGCAACGGUUAACGUACGAGUACAUAAUAAAACCUGUCUAACGUAUGAUAUGAAUGCGGGGCGCGCGCCGCGGCGCCCGCCGCCGCCUCCCAGUGCGCGGCGGCGGCGCGGCCGGGAGCCGCACGGGCUCCCGACUAACCUACACUUACAACGCUACAAGCUU